AACUACUGUGUACCUGACAAAAUUAAAUAAAUAUAUCACAAUUAUUGCUUGAUGUGUAAAGUUUCUUUCUACAUAAUGGAUUGUCCACGAAAAGCUCAUACAAAUAAAUGAUUACUGCCAUCUAUCGGUAUUUUGACUCUUUAUCAAAAUGGAAUGUGAAUUAAGUAUAGAGAACCUGAUUGAAAGCCAAUGUGAAAUACUUGAUCGACUUCAAAUGGAAACAACAUUCAUAAAGAGUAGAAACAAUUUAAAGGAGAUCCUAGUGUUUGUUCGAGAUUCUAUUCUUGAUAUUUCAAGUGGAAUUUGUAUUUUAAGAAAGUAUUUAGAUCAAUUGAAGGAAAACAAUGAUUCUUCAAAGAAGAUGAUAUUGUUAUAUCAAAAUUUGAAUGAGAAAAUAAUAGACAUGUAUAAAAAUGUCCCUGAAGAAUUGUUAACGGCAUAUGCAAAUAAUAACAAGAGUGAGUCAAUGCAAUCUAUUAAUGACGCAUGUUCUGUCACUAUUUCUUCUCAUGCGUCAACUGCUAACAAAAACAAGCAAGAAAAUGUAGACUUUAAUGAUAUGGGAGAUGUUAAAAAGUCUGCUAUUAAAGAUUGUAAAAAGGCACUUUUUAAUGAACCAGAAUAUCCAAAAAUAUCUUUGAUUAAAGAGGAAGAGUUCGAUCAAUUACCGAAGUAUAUGAUUGGAAGGCAAUCCUUGCAAAUGAUUAAUGGUUUAAUUAAUUCCAUCAAUUUAGUAUUAAAAGCUAAAUAUACCUUGUUAUCUGCUGGGAAAAUAGUUGCUAGAAAAAAAGGCGAACUUGAUCUAUAUUUAUAUUAUAGAAAACAAGAUAUUAUUUGCGAAGGCAAUGAAUGUAAAUACUUCUUCACUGCGGAAGAUUAUGAAAGAUACAUAAAAGUUAAAUUAGAUAGAUUAGCAUUGAAGUUGAUGAUGGCAUUGCGCCAUUGUAAACGAAUACGUGAAUACAGAUUGAAAAAAGAAUUGUAUUAUAUUGUCUUGAAUUAAUUCGUUUACAUUUUCAUUGUUAUAUCAUCUGUUGUCAUUCUUAUCACAUUUAAGUAAAAUAAUAUGUCUGUAAUUAUGAUCAAAUGAAUAGAAUUAUAAUCGGAAUGGAAUGAAAGAAAAAAAAAUGUCAAAUUUUAUAUCAAAGCCGAUGAAAAAUUCUUUUUAAUAUCAUGUAGACAAUAUCAUGCGUUUCGCUAAGAAUCGAUACACGUUUCAAAGGGAUGA